AUCCCACGUAACACUUGACAGACAGUAUAAGAUACUAAGAGUCAAUGAUAUUCGUCAUUUUAUCUAAAUAUAUAGAACAGUCAACACGGAAAAUGAAAACCUUAAUAGUUAUUUUAUUGUUUGCGGUGUCCUCGCAGGCUAUGAUACAGUGUCCACAGAAUGCAUGUAUGGUUGUAAGAUGUGCCGCUGUAACAGAAACAAACUGCCUCGGAAGAAUUUCAAAGAAUGGAGGGUAUUGUGGAUGUUGUGAUGCCUGUAUCCAGCAUAUAGCUGAAGGACAAAGCUGUGUUAAUUUGCUCUUGCUUGGAGCACCUUCUACUGCCGAGUGUGAACCUGGAACUCAUUGUGAUUCCAAAACAUUUACCUGUGUCCAUGGAAACGCUGUUGCUGCUCCUGAACCAUUACCUACUUGUCAAGGCGAGCUCCAAACAUACCUUGGAAACCAGCAAAAUGGUGUUCCCCUCUUAGGAGCUAGAAAACCAGUAUGUGACACCAACGGAAUGUAUUCACCAAAACAAUGUUCUGGUUCACAGUGUUAUUGUGUAAAGAAAGACGGAAGUAAAAUUGAUGGUUACACAGCCAAUGUUUGGGAGUCCAGUGGACAAACUUGUCAAUGCGCCCGUGACCUAACAGAGUAUAUGGCUAGCGGAUUAAUCGGAAAACUCUUCUAUUGUACCAAUGACGGUAGCUACCAGAAGUACAAGUGUGUUGGAUCAGUAUGUUUCUGUUCCGACUCCAAUGGUAAUCAGCUUGGAUUACAAACUGCUCCAAUUGGACAGGUUCAAAGUUUGAAAUGUUAAACAUCUGUAAGAACAGAAAAUUUCAAGAAAAAGAAACAGAAUACUUAAAAGAAUCGAUUUCCUAAAUGUGAUUGAUAAACAGGAAUGCGUUGAAUUUGUUAUUUCACAUCAAAUAUAUAUAUAUGUAAUUUGGAAAAUUAAUUAGUCUAAGAUAUCUAAUACAUUUUGUUAAAUAUUGGUACUUGAUUAUAAAAAUACAAGUUAUUAUCAAAAA